UCGAUCGGCGUUCGGCAGGGUCACAUGCAUGGUCAACCUCUCCCGCACAGCAGCAGCAGCUGCACCACGCGCUCUGACAUCGCCGCCGCCCGCACGCCGCCACUGUCGAUAUCCACGCAGUAUCUUUGCAGGCGGCGCGGAGUGAAUGCGCGGAAGACGGCGAGGACCAUGAUCGACGACAUCGAGCGGCUCCCACACUGAAAGUCUUGCGACUGGCACAUCGCAAGCACACUCGCCAAACAUGACGACGGCCUACAGCGAGGCCUUGAGCGCCAUUUUCCAGGACCUCAAGUCGCGCAACGACCACACCCGUCAAAAUGCCUCAACACGGCUCAUCGAGCAGGUCAACGCGGCCUUCCGCGAGCUGCAGCCGGCACAAUGGAACUCAUACUACAACGAGGUCAAUGCGAAGAUGGUCGCCUUCAUCCUCAGCGGCCAGGACACGCACGAGCGGAUGGGAGGACUGUACGCGCUGAAUGCGUUGAUCGAUUUCAAGGGCGACGAUGCUGCUUCGAAAGUCACCAAAUUCAGCAAUUACAUCAAGAGGACACUAGAGGGCAACGACACGAGUGCGAUGAUCGUCGCAGCGAAGUGCCUGGGACGACUGGCAAUUCCGGGCGGAGCAUUGACUGCGGAACUGGUUGAAGCGGAGGUCAAACAUGCGCUGGAAUGGUUGACGUCCGAUCGCAACGAGAACAGGCGUUUCGCUGCUGUGCUCAUUUUGCGGGAGCUGGCCAAGAACAGUUCGACGCUGUUAUACAUCUACAUCCCUGGCAUCUUGAUGAGCAUCUGGGAAGGUCUGCGAGACCAGAAGGUCGUUAUUCGCGAAACCUCUGCGGAAGUCAUCUCGCACACUUUCAAGAUCCUCUCCGCCCGCGACCCGCAGAUGCGCUCGUCCAUGUUUACGCGAAUGUACGAGGAGUCGGUCAACGGACUGCGUCGUGGUACAGUCGAGUAUGUGCACGGCUCCUUGUUGACCUUCAAAGAGCUGCUUGUGCAAGGCGGCAUGUACAUGCAUGGUGCCAAGUACAAGGAAGUCUGCGAGCGAGUCUUGCAGCAACAGUACCGUGAGCACAAAGAUCCGACUGUGCGGCGCACUGUAGUGGAGAUUAUUCCGCUCCUGGCUGGUUAUGCACCGAAGGAGUUCUGCAACCACUACCUCGCACGAUCCAUGCAGCAUCUACAAAACCUGCUUAAAGAUGCGAAGCAGAGAAAUCUCGCAUUCGUCGCCAUUGGUAAGAUUGCACAUGCCGUUGGCUCUCAGAUCGCUCCGUAUCUGGAUACUAUCCUGCUUCACAUCCGCGAUGCUCUGUCGGUCAAGAACAGAACGAGACACUCGGAUGAGGCCCCGAUCUUUGAAUGCAUAAGCAUGAUCAGUAUUGCUGUUGGCCAAACUUUGAGCAAGUACAUGGAAGCUCUUCUCGACCCCAUAUUCGCUUGCGGGCUGUCUGAUGCGCUGACACAGGCGCUGGUUGACAUGGCGCAUUAUAUUCCGCCUGUCAAAACGACGAUCCAAGAGAAGUUGCUUGAUCUUUUGAGCAGGACGUUGUGUGGGCAGCCAUUCCAGACGCUGGGCCAUCCUACACAGGGCAAGGGUUUGCCACCGAUUUACACCAAAGAGUAUCGAGAUCAGAAGGAUCCACAGCACCAGGAACACAAAGACCAGGAAAUCGCGUUGGCCCUUCACACCCUCGGCAGUUUUGAUUUCACUGGCCAUGUGCUCAACGAGUUCGUGCGAGACGUAGCUAUCCGUUACGUGGAGGAUGACGAUCCUGGUAUACGCAAAGCUGCGGCACUAACAUGCUGUCAGCUGUUCGUCAAGGAUCCCAUUGUGCAUCAGACGAGUCACCAUGCAAUCCAAGUGGUCUCCGACGUGAUUGAAAAGCUACUUACAGUCGGCGUGUCAGAUCCGCAUCCCGAUAUUCGACAAACAGUGCUCGUAUCUCUCGACCCGCGGUUCGAUCGACAUCUGGCAAAAGCAGAGAACGUUCGAACUUUAUUCAUCAGUCUGAACGAUGAGAAGUUUGCGAUCCGCGAAGCGGCAAUGACCAUUAUCGGGAGGCUGACAAGUGUGAACCCUGCCUAUGUUUUCCCGUCACUCCGCAAGGUGCUCAUCCAAUUAUUGACCGAGAUCGAGUAUUCGAACAGCGCCGCCAACAAGAGAGAGUCUGCACAGCUCAUCAGCCACCUUGUUGGCGCGAGCAGCAAGCUUAUCAAGCCUUACGUCGAUCCGAUGGUGCAUGUACUUUUGCCCAAAGCAGAAGACCCAAACUCGGAAGUCGCUGCGACCACGCUGCGCGCCCUUGGCGAUCUCGCCAGUGUCGGCGGCGAAGAGAUGAAGCGAUACAUUCCCGAACUCAUGAAGAUCAUCAUACGGAGCCUUCAGGAUCUCGCUGCGCCUAAGAAGCGCGAAGCUGCUCUGUGUACGCUUGGUCAGCUGGCCAGCAACAGUGGCUAUGUGAUUCAGCCGUAUACUGAUCAUCCUGACUUGCUCACUAUCCUUGUCAACAUUGUAAAGAGCGAGCCGCCUGGCGAUCUCAGACGCGAGACGAUCCGACUCAUGGGUAUACUUGGUGCAUUGGAUCCGUACAAGCAUCAGCAAGUCAUGGAAGAGUCACCAGAGUCAAAUCUGAAGGCUGACUUUCACGGCGUCUCCGACGUUACGCUCAUCAUGCAGGGCAUCACACCAAGCAACGAAGACUACUAUCCAACCGUCGUUAUCCACACACUCAUGGAGAUGCUGAAGGAGGACACACUGAAAUCGUAUCAUUCAGCUGUAUGCGAGGCUGUCAUGAACAUUUAUGCGACCAUGGGAAUGAAGUGUGUACCGUUCCUCGGCAUCGUCGUCCCAGGAAUGGUAGGUGUGCUGAAAGACGCUGGCACGGAAAAUCGGCUUGAAGGUUACUUCAACCAACUGAGCAGUCUCGUCAAGAUCGUACGCCAGCACAUCAGACCUCACCUACCGGUGAUUUUGGAAGCCAUCAGUGACUAUUGGCACCGGAGCACUCAGCUCCAAGCGACCAUUCUGAGUCUUAUUGAGAGCAUUGCGCGAAGCUUGGAGGGAGAGUUCAAAGUAUACCUCGCCAAUGUUCUGCCACUCAUGCUUGGUGUACUUGAUGCCGACGGGCGAUCAGAAGCCGGCCGUGCUGCCAUGCAGCGAGUACUCCACGCAUUCCUUGUCUUCGGGUCGAGCGCGGAGGAAUACAUGCACCUCAUCAUACCGGUUGUUGUCCGUAUGUUUGACAACGCCGAUGGCCGCUACAAAGAUCGAGCAGUACGCAAGGCAGCAAUUGAGACCAUUGGUCGUCUCAGCAAGCAAGUGAACAUUAGUGAAUUCGCUGCCAAGAUUGUGCACCCUCUCGCUCGGGUCCUACAGAGCAACGACAACCAGCUGAAGCCUGCUGCCAUGGAGACACUAUGUGCGCUAAUUUUCCAGCUAGGACAGGACUUCCUACACUUUGUACCGACGAUCGACAAGAUACUGGUACAGCAGCGCAUAAAUCACACCGCAUACAACCUCAUCGUCACCAAGCUCAAGAAGCAUGAAGCACUGCCGCAAGACUUGAGCCCCGACGAGCGAUAUAAUGACGAAGAUGAAGAUCAAUAUCCGACUGAGAUCUCAACGAAGAAGCUUGCAGUCAAUCAGCAGCAUCUCAAAAAUGCCUGGGAAGCGAGUCAGAAGUCGACAAAAGAAGACUGGAUCGAAUGGAUGCGACGAUUCUCGGUCGAGCUACUGCGCGAGAGUCCGCAGCAAGCGUUGAGAGCCUGCACUAAUCUGGCUGGCGUGUACCCUUCGCUUGCUCGCUCUCUGUUCAACUCCGCUUUCGUCAGCUGUUGGACAGAACUUUACGACCAGUAUCAAGAGGAGCUCGUGCGAGCGAUCGAAACUGCUUUGACAAGUCCUAACAUUCCGCCAGAAAUCUUGCAGACUCUGCUCAACCUCGCUGAGUUCAUGGAGCAUGAUGACAAAGCGUUGCCGAUUGAUGUUCGGACGCUCGGGAUGUACGCGGGCAAGUGUCAUGCUUUCGCCAAGGCGUUGCACUACAAGGAGCUCGAAUUCAACGCUGAGCAGAACGCCAGUGCUGUGGAGGCGCUCAUUUCAAUCAACAAUCAAUUACAGCAAACUGAUGCAGCGUUUGGUAUCUUGAAGAAAGCUCAAGGCUACAAUGAUGUAGACCUCAAGGAGACUUGGUACGAGAAACUUCAACGAUGGGACGAAGCCUUGAUGGCUUACCAGGAGCGCGAAGAACGCGAAAUGGCCAACGAGGACAAGGUCUCGUUCGAAGUGGUCAUGGGCAAGAUGAGAUGUCUCCACGCUCUCGGUGAAUGGGAUACUCUGUCCCAGAUCGCGUAUGAUCGCUGGGUCAUCGCAAACAGCGACGAACGCCGGAAGAUAGCGCCCCUGGCGGCGGCCGCUGCAUGGGGCAUGGGCCUAUGGGACAUCAUGGACGAGUAUCUCGGAGUAAUGAAGCAGAACACUCCCGAUCGUAGUUUCUUUGGAGCCAUUCUGUCAAUUCAUCGCAACCACUUUGACGAGGCACAUCUCCAUAUCACCAAGGCAAGGGACGGACUGGACACAGAACUUUCGGCUCUCCUUGGUGAAAGCUAUACCCGUGCAUACAGCGUCAUUGUCCGCGUGCAGAUGCUGGCAGAACUGGAGGAGAUCAUUCAAUACAAACAGCAUUCUCACGACCCUGAGAAGCAGGAUCGUAUGCGCACCACCUGGACGAAGCGUCUGAGAGGCAAUCAGCGCCAAGUCGAUGUGUGGCAACGCAUGUUGAAGGUUAGGGCGCUGGUUAUCUCGCCGCAAGAGAACCAGGAGAUGUACAUCAAGUUCGCUUCUAUCUGCCGCAAGGCACAACGGCCUGGACUUGCCGAGAAGAGUCUGAACAGCCUGCUGAACUUCUCUAGUAGUCAGCAUCUUAGCACGCUGGCAGACGGCGACAAGGAGAGCUGGGACAUUGUGCACCAGGCACCAUAUCCGGUGCAGUAUGCGACUUUCAAAUUCCUCUGGAGCAACGAUCAACAUGAUGCUGCGCUUGGCGCUCUUCGAUCCUUUACGAAGACGCUCAAAGAUGACUACGAAGGACGGAUGGCCGCGGCAGCGCCUCAUCUCAACGGGCAUCCUGGAAGCGUGCUGAAUGGUGUCAACGGCAUGAACGGCGUCAAUGGAGUCAACGGCAUCCAUAGUACUGGUCCCUUUGGCGCUGCCAACGCGCACCAGAUCUCACCCAAAGAAAAGGCAGAAUUGGACGAAUGGCGACUCCUACUUGCCCGAUGCUACCUUAAGCAGGGAGACUGGCAGGUCAAGUUACAUAAUGGUGACUGGCAAUCUGAACAUGUUGCUGAUGUCCUUGCGUCUUACCAUGCCGCUACAAGGUACCACGAAUCUUGGUACAAGGCGUGGCAUGCCUGGGCUCUGGCCAACUUUGAGGUCGUGACAUCUCUCACUUCUGGCGAUCGCGAGGCCACUGAUGUUCCGUCGUACAUUGUUACAGAACACGUCGUUCCUGCUGUCAAGGGGUUCUUCAAGAGUAUUGCACUCUCCUCCACGAGCUCGUUGCAGGACACACUUCGCUUGCUGACUUUGUGGUUUGCGCACGGAAACUAUCAGGAGGUCACUCAAGCAGUGACGCAAGGCAUAUCAUCGGUCAGCGUUGAUACUUGGUUGGAGGUAAUACCACAACUCAUUGCUCGUAUCAAUCAGCCAAAUCGACUUGUCAAGGAGGGUAUCCACAACCUCCUGGUUGAUAUUGGUCGAGCUCACCCACAGGCACUCGUCUACCCACUCACCGUUAGCAUGAAGAGUGAUGCAGUCGGACGAUCUCGUUCUGCAAGGAGAAUCAUGGAUGCCAUGCAGCAGCAUUCGCCGAAGCUGGUCGAGCAGGCAGGGUUGGUCAGCCACGAGCUCAUCCGUAUUGCGGUACUGUGGCACGAACAAUGGCACGAGGGCCUCGAGGAAGCGAGUCGACUGUAUUUUGGUGACCACAACAUUCAGGGGAUGCUUGCUACACUGGAACCUCUUCACGAAAUGCUUCGAAAGGGUCCAGAGACACUCCGUGAAAUCUCAUUCAUCCAAUCCUUCGGCCGUGACCUCAACGAGGCUAGAGACUGGUGCGAGGCUUACAAGACGACAAAAGAGAUUGGAGAUCUUAACCAGGCUUGGGAUUUGUACUACGGCGUGUUCAAGCGAAUUGCACGACAAUUGCCCCAGCUUAUGAGUCUGGAGCUUCAGUACGUCUCGCCCGAGCUCAAGAAUGCCCACGAUUUGGAUCUGGCCGUACCUGGAACGUAUGUUGUUGGCAAGCCUGUUGUGCGCAUUCAAAGCUUCGAGCCUGUUGCUACUGUCAUCAGCAGUAAGCAGAGACCUCGCAAACUCGGCUUGAAGGGCAGUGACGGCCUCAAAUACGACUUCAUGGUCAAAGGACAUGAGGACAUUCGACAGGAUGAGAGAGUCAUGCAACUGUUCGGCCUGGUCAACACGCUACUUCAGACCGACACUGAGUGUCUGAAGAGGCAUCUCAACAUUCAGCGAUACGCUGCCAUUCCGUUGUCAACACAAGCCGGUCUGCUAGGAUGGGUGCCUAAUUCUGAUACCCUACACGUUCUCAUCCGCGAGUAUCGGGAGUCUAGGAAGAUUCUGCUCAAUAUUGAGCAUCGCAUCAUGCUGCAGAUGGCGCCCGACUAUGAUAAUCUCACGCUGAUGCAGAAAGUGGAGGUCUUCGGAUAUGCGCUGGACAACACUACUGGACAGGAUCUGUACCGUGUUCUCUGGCUCAAGAGUAAAUCCUCCGAAGCAUGGCUCGAUCGAAGAACAAACUACACUCGAUCACUUGCUGUCAUGUCCAUGGUCGGAUAUGUCCUCGGUCUGGGAGAUCGUCACCCAAGCAACUUAAUGCUGGACCGAGUGACUGGCAAAAUCAUUCACAUCGAUUUCGGAGACUGUUUCGAAGUGGCCAUGCAUCGUGAGAAGUACCCCGAACGUGUGCCAUUCCGCUUGACGAGGAUGUUGACCUUCGCCAUGGAGGUUAGUAACAUCGAAGGUUCAUAUCGCACGACUUGCGAGCACGUUAUGCGUCUCUUGCGCAGCAAUAAGGAAUCUCUCAUGGCUGUGCUGGAAGCUUUCAUCCACGAUCCGCUUCUCACAUGGCGUCUCGGUACUAGAGAUGCCCCAUCAGAUCCUACAUAUCAGUCUGAGCGCCGUGGAUCCAUCAUGCAUAGUGAGAAUGGUGCUCCACAACUCGUUGGUGCUCCGCCGCAACACGACCGCCGCCGCGCUUCCGUUAUGGGCGGCGACUCUAAUGCGCCACCUGCCGGCGACCGUCCACCGAACUCCUCAUAUCGUCCUGGCCGUCCUCGCCAUGGCUCCAUCGUGCCGGGUAUGAACGGUUAUCCAGCACAAGACCCUAUGGAGAAAGAAGUCCAGAACGCACGGGCUUUGCAGGUUUUGGCUCGUGUCAAGGAGAAGUUGACUGGAAGAGAUUUCAAAAAGGAACAGGAGUUGACGAUCGAGGAUCAGGUGGAUCGGCUGUUGGCCGAGGCAACGAAUCUGGAGAAUUUGUGUCAGCAUUAUAUUGGGUGGUGUUCGUUCUGGUAAGGAUCGGACUGAGACCAACAGUAUUUAUAUCAUUACGAAGCGGACGAGCGACUUUCAGUGCAGAUCGAUGUUUCAUUCCAGCGUGGCGUUGGUUGUUGUUGUUGAUAUGCUUUGAUGGUCGUGUGUGGAUGUGAGCUGAAGAGACGUGAAGCGCAGAAAUAUGAAGUAUGAGCCCUCCGCAUGUGCGAGUGUUGGCGAGACAAAGCUAUGUAUAUGUGGGGAAAAUACAGCGGUUAGCGGCUGCUACCCGCAACAAUGAAAUCGUUCGGAUCGAUGUUAACAAAUUUUUGAAAGG